AUGGCGCCGUUGUGUAAGUAUAAUAGCUCCAGCAGCCUUUACCGGUCCAGGUCCAGGUCUUACAAUGCGGUAUCUGGACCUUAUUCGGUAAGUUUUUUUGAAGCAAUCAAAGAUCGUUGCGAAAGAAAUGAGAAUAGAAAUCGUUUCCAGCUGUCACGUACGUAUUCAUUGCCAACGGUAAACCAAUACAAGCCCACAUGGUCAAGUUACGACAAUUAUUACAGUCCAGCCAGGACUUAUCACACUUCUGGCAGAGCAAGUUUACUCGAUUUAUAAUGGAAUCUCUUUAGUUUGAUGAUUUUACGUAUUACCCUGGCCGGUCAUACAGCACCUACCACAGCUAUGACUAUCCAAGACGUUACUAUUACAGCAGUUAUGUCCCCAAUUACACCUACACCUUGUAUUCGUAUCUUCCCAGCGCAAAGUCAUCACAGUGAGUUUUGAAAUUUCGAAAUGCGGUAAAUGAAUGGGGAGCAGGGUUUUUGAAUUAAUAUUUCAAUUUUAGCUACAGUGACCUCUCUUCCAGCCGAGGGUACUACAACUCGUACAGCUGCGCCAAUCAUUACAAAAGUCCGUAUAAUCCCCGAACGUAUCUGUACAGUCGGAUAUAA